AUGGACUCUAAACGUGUGCGAUAUGAUCAGCUCCCACUUGAAGAAGGUUCCAGUCCGUCGGAGACAAGAAAGACCACCUCAACUACCAGAAGAAUUAUUCAAGUUGUCCUGUGUGCAACUGUUCUAGCAUCAAUCAUCAUCGGUACCUUCUGGAUAUGGUUUCAAAAACACCCCAAUCUGCCUCAAUACAUCGACUGUGGCUCCUCAGUCGAAGAAGCACUCUCCAAAAACUGUGUCAUGGAACCGAUGAUCUACGGCUGGAUACCACGUGAAUGUUACUUCGCCGAUCUCAGUUCUCAGUAUUCUCCCUUUGAAGACAGAGGGUGGUAUACAGACGACACCUACACGGUGCAAAUACCGCCUGCAGACCUCUGGGCGGGAAAGAACAAACACGCUUUUACGCACAAGUAUCAUUCGACGCAUUGUUUUUUUCUCUGGAGGAAACUGGCAUUGGGCAUUGCGAGGAGAGCAGAUUAUUUGGACGACAAGAGUUUGGAUUUGGAACAUUCGGAUCAUUGUUCGGAAGUCUUGGAUCAUUAUGGAGGGGAAACUAAUAAUUCGACGAAUGAUGUUGUGAUGGGAUUUCAUAGGUGUGAGAGAUUGGCUUGGGUGUAG